GUAGUGGUCGGUGCUCCAAUGGCUGCCAACGUGAGUCGUCCCCAUGGUUGCGGAGUGGGCGUGGCCUCCAUCUACUACAAGUUGUGCGACCUGGACUCUGCGUGGGGCGUGGUCCUGGAGGCGCUGGCGGCGUGCGGCGUGGUGGUGUCCCUGGUCUUCUUCAUGGCGCUGCUGGCCCUCGUGCCUUUCACCCGAGACAAGAACCGCAGGGGGUCGGUGGCGCUGCACGCCGUCUUCCUGGUCUGCGUGGCCGGCCUCUUCGGCCUGACCUUCGCCUUCAUCGUGGGCGAGGACUUGGCCACCUGCGUCUCGCGCCGCUUCCUGUUCGGCGUGCUGUUCGCCGGCUGCGCGUCCUGCCUGCUGGCGCAGGGCGCCCGGCUGAGCGUCUUGGCCAGGACCAACAGCGCCCCGCCGGCGUGGACCUGGUGCGUGGGCGCCGUGGCGCUGUGGGCGGUGGAGGUGGUCAUCAACGCCGAGUGGCUGAUCAUCACGGUGGUGCGCCAGGCGGCGGCGGCCCGGCCCUGCGACGUCCCUAAUCAGGACUUCGCCAUGGCGCUGAUCUACGUGAUGCUCCUCCUCCUGGGCGUGGUGGCGGCCGGCGCCAGCGUCAUGGCGGGAAAGUACACGCAGUGGAAGACAGAGGGCGCUCGCGUCCUCGCCAGCGGCCUCCUCUCCGUGGGGAUUUGGGCUGCGUGGGUGGUCAUGUACGUCUACGGGAACUCAAAGACUUCCUGGGACACGCCCACGCUCGCCAUCGCCCUGGUGGCCAACGCCUGGGUCUUCCUGGUCCUGGUCACCAUUCCACAGGUGUGCUGCUCGCCCAGCGAUGAUCCCGACUUGGGAGCCAACUACGGCGUGGACUUUGAGACCAUCCUGAAGGAGAGGAACCCUCCCGUCUUGUUCAUGGAGAACCAGACCUUCUCCAUGGACGAGCCGCCCGCAGGGUCCAAGCCGGUGUCUCCCUACAGCAACUACAGUGGUCAUGUGAGGAGUGGAGUGUACCAGCCCACUGAACUGGCCCUCAUCACUAAGCGGCCUGACACCACCUUCCACUCCACCAUUCCCAGAGUCUCCGCCCACACUGCGGACAUCAGCACUGGCUCCACCCCCUCGCAGCACGAUGACACGCCGAGCGUUGUUCAUGGAAACGGAAGCAGGGGGCGUGUCCUCCACAGGACGUCUCAGUGGUGAACAAGUCCACUUCCUGCUUCAUCUUCCUUGUCAUCUUUAGCUCCUCCUACUUUGGCUUCUGACAGAUGUGUAAAUGUUUUUAUUCUUCUGCAGCAGGGGUGUCCAAAGGGCAGCGCGCAGGCCAUUUUUUAACACUUUAAAAAAAUAACAGUACCAAAAAAUAAAAAAAUAAGUGGAAUAAAAGAACAAUGAUGAAAAAUGGAUAACCCCUCCCGUCUCCUUGACCACAGCUGCUUCAAGAGGGCAGCGGGUCGUAAAUAGCGUUGACCUCGAUUACCAAAUAGUUGGAAGAGAGUUCCUCUGGAAGUUGAGCAGAUCCUGCCAUAUGUCCGUGUUGAAAUCACAGUGGAGUUUCACGAGCCUUCUUCCUCUUGUUAGGCCUCGAAAGACAGCCUUCAUCUUCUUAUCAGGAACAUAAUGUAAUACAACGUUUCUUUUGUGAUAACUUACAAACAAUUAUUCCAACAAUUACAUUUUGUGUCUUUGACAAAUAAAUAAAUGGAGGUUUUCUUUGCCAAGAAGAUAAAACGUAUGUCAUCUGAUGUUUAUCUAUUGGUGUUUUAGCCUUGAUUGGAGAAAAUAUUUUUUAACACUUUAACGACUGACACCCUUUUUUGAGGAGAUUGGUUUAGAACAUAAAAACUAUGAAAAUGUCCCCCACAUGUCAGGGGGACACGUUUGGACACCCCUGUUCUCAUUCCCAGCAAGAUGAUAGACUAGGAAUACUUUGUGCUGUAGCAAAAUAAAAGCGCUUCCAGACA